ACUGCAGAAGAGAGUGACUCCUGCGUCGCCCAACCCAAACCAUGUGCAGUGGGAAGUGAAUCCAUGUUUCAUGGCCGCAUACAGAGGGAGAGUCGUCCCCCACUAGAGAAGCCCAAGGCUUCAGUGGUGCCUACAGCUAAUGGAGUUCAAUCCCACUAUGAACAGCCACUGACGAAGGAAGUCACCCCUGAAAAGGACACUACAGAACAGUUGGGACCCACGGAGGAGUCUCAGCCUCUAGAGGGACAGGAAGAUUCUGGGUCAUCACAGCUGGCUGGCAAAGAUGAUGCCCCAGGAGCAGAAGAAAAGACAAGCCAUGUGGAGGCUCCACCUUUGAAAGCAAAUGCUGAGUGUGAACCUUUAGGAGCAGAAGCUGAGGAUCAGCCUUUGAGGACAGCCAGGGAGAGGGAUUCUCCUGGAGCAGGAGAAACUCCUGAAAAUCCCCAAACUGCUGGAAUCCUGAAGCUAGAGACAGCCGAGAAUGUUCUGGAAACAGCUGGAGAGCUACAGUCUCAAGCAAUGGAAAAGGAUGAGCAAUCUCAGCAUCCAGAAACAAUUACCAAAGAGAACAACUCUCCAGAAAUAGUAGAAGAAAGUGAGUUACUGGAAACAGUUGAAGACCAGACACUUCCAGAAACAUCAGGAAAAGAUGAGCAGUUGCAAGAUCUAGGAAUUCCCAAAGAGAAUGAGACACCAGCAAUACCAAAUGGAAGUCACCUUGUGCAAACACCUGUAAUGAAUGAGUCACUCCCUAAAACUCCUGAAGGCUCCAGAAGCAUGGAGAAGAUUCCACCUGAAGGGAUCAUUGGAAUCUCGGAACAUCCAGAGGGAAAUUCAGAGACAGCAGCAAAUGUGGAAAUGGCCAGAGAAAUCCACACAAAUGCAGAGGAAGAGUGUGUUGAAGGUGAGACAGGAGAAAAGGUGGAAACAGAGAUGGAGAAGGAGAAAGCAAGCAGAGGGGCUGAAACAAAAGAGGAGGAAACAGAAGCUGUGGAUCUGUCAGCAGCCCCAUAGAUGGGGUGGUGAAAGAAAGGUGUGCUUCCUGUUACAAGCUGAGGUUAUGGAUCUCA